AUGGGUCAGACUUUGUCUGAACCAGUGACCACUAAAUACUCAUCCAAACAUGAGAACAGUUCCUUCAAAGUCGGCUCCUCCUGCAUGCAAGGAUGGAGAAUCAAUAUGGAGGAUGCUCACAGCCAUUUGUUGAGUUUGCCUGGGGAUAAAGAUGCAUGCUUCUUUGGCGUUUUUGAUGGCCAUGGAGGUGUCAGGGUGGCCCAGUAUACCGGCAACAGCUUACAUAAGAAGAUUAUCUCACAGCCAGCCUACUAUAAGGGCAACAUAACAGAUGCCAUCAGACAGGGUUUCCUGGCGCUUGACGAGGAAAUGCAGAAGGAUGAGACCAUGAAAGAUGAACUAGCAGGCACAACUGCUGUGGUUGUGUUAAUCAAGAAUGGGAAAAUGUACUGUGGGAAUGUUGGAGACUCUAGAGCUGUAGCUUGUGUUCAUGGGGAAGUGGAGCAGCUGUCAUUUGACCACAAGCCAAGUAAUGAGAGCGAGACCAGGAGAAUCAUAGCUGCCGGAGGAUGGGUGGAGUUCAACAGGGUCAAUGGUAAUCUUGCAUUAUCUAGAGCAUUAGGGGAUUUUGUUUUCAAAAAGAAUGACAGAAAGAGGCCAGAAGAGCAAAUAGUCACUGCGAACCCCGAUGUGAUAGAGAAGCCGAUUACUCCAGACCAUGAGUUCCUUCUUCUAGCCUGUGACGGCAUCUGGGAUGUCCUCACCAACCAGGAGGCUGUGGAAUUUGUCCGGAACCGGAUAGCGCAACGGAUGGAGCCAGAUGUUAUCUGCGAGGAACUGAUGAAUCGCUGUCUGGCUCCGGACUGCCAGGCUGGCGGCCUAGGCUGUGAUAAUAUGACCGUGAUACUGGUAUGCUUUCUCCACGGAGGCACCUACGAGGACCUGGCCAGGAAAUGUGGGCGGCCAAGCAGGGCAGGGCUGGCUCCACACUUGCAGAGUUACGGAGGGUUUGAGUUUAAAUAA